AUGUCGGACAGGUCCUUACAAUUUCCUGGGGAUGCCGCAGGGUGCGGGUGUCCAAAUAACCCCGAGCCAAUGAGCGCCGUGCGGGUGGAGCCUCCUGGGGAAGGCUCCCGGGAAGUCGGCAGCACUCCCGAGGCCGAGGUUUACAUCAGGACUUUCAAGGAGCAGAUGCACCUGGAGCUGGAGCUGCCCAGGCUGUCCGGGAACAGACCCACGUCUCCAAAGAUUUCUCCUCGCAGCUCGCCCAGGAACUCUCCCUGCUUCUUCAGAAAGUUGCUGGUGAAUAAAAGCAUCCGGCAGCGCCGUCGCUUCACGGUGGCACACACAUGCUUCGAUGUGGAGAACGGCCCGUCCCCGGGGCGCAGCCCGCUGGACCCCCAGGCCAGCUCCUCGUCGGGACUCGUCCUGCACACGACAUUCCCGGGCCACAGCCAGCGCCGGGAGUCCUUCCUGUACAGAUCCGACAGCGACUAUGACCUCUCACCAAAGACCAUGUCCAGGAACUCCUCCCUGCCCAGUGAACAGCAUGGCGACGACCUGAUUGUCACACCUUUCGCCCAGGUGCUGGCCAGCCUAAGAAGCGUGAGGAACAACUUCACGCUCCUCACCAAUUUACACGGCACCUCCAACAAGGCAGAUGUCGAGGGGAGCACCCCAAACUCGGGGCUCUGGGGACAACAAGGAUUUCCCAGCAGCAGCAGCAGCAUCCUGGAACUCAGCUCCGAGAGGGCUGAAUCCCACAUCACUUCCUCUGACACUGAUUGCUCUGAAUGAGGAAGGUGAUGCACUCAGGAGGAGGAUGUUGUUUUUUCUACCUGCUGAACGGGAGAAACCAAACAAACUCCUUUUU